AUGUUAAGAAUAAUAUAUGAUGUAAUAAGUUAUUACAUUUUUGUAAUUAUCUAUUUUUUUUAUUACCUUUUAAAAGGCAAUUCUGGAGAUAAUGAGAAUGAAGAAGAUGUAUUAAAAAGGGGACAGGAAUCUUAUUAUAAUAAAUUUAAUAAUAUAAAGAAAGAUUAUGUAUCAAGUGAAUAUUAUAAUAACAAUAAGUAUUUUAAUUCGCAAACGAAUCAUUAUAAUUCAUUAAAUAAUAAUUUUGAUUAUCAACAAAAUAAACAACAAUCAUCUUUUUAUGAAACAAUUUGUAGAAGUAUUAAAACUUUAUAUUCAAAUAUAAAAUAUUAUCUUAUUAAUAUUUAUCAUGGUUCUAUAUAUGUCUUAAAUUGCUUAUGGUUACUUUUAUCUAAACCAUUUAUAUAUUUAUUUGGUACUAUAAUUUACAUUAUUCAAGUUAUUUUUGAAACUUUAGUAUAUAUUAUUAAAAGUAUAUGGAAUUACUUUUUUAACAAUAAAAAUAAAAUUAAUAAAGGUGAUAAAGUUGGAUUAAGGAAGAAAAAUGAUGAUAUAUUUGAGGAAGUAUUAAAUGAAAAUAUAUUAAAUAACCAAUUACUAGAUGAAAAAUAUUUAAAUAGAAAUGAUAUUAAAGAAAGUGAAUGUAGUUCAAUUGCUAAUACACAAGUAGAUGCACUUAAAAAUAGUAAUGAAAAUAUAUAUGAAGAAAAGAAUAAUGAUUCAUUGGUUAAUUUUAAAAAAUAUAAUGAAAAUGAAAUUUUGUUGACACAAAAAGAUAAUAUAAAUUUUGAGAUAAAUGAUGAAGUAAAUCAAAUAAUUAACAAUAAUACUAAUAAUAAUUUUCAUAAUUUUAUCCCACCAACACCACCACCACCAUUAGAUGAUAAAGUUUUAGAAACUAUUAAUAGAAGAAAUUCACCAAUAAAAAAUAUGGUACAUGAAAAAGAUAUUUUAUUACCAUCUUCACAAAUAAACUAUCAAAAUAUGGAUAAAAAUGAUGAAUAUGAUGAUAAAAAUAUAGGAGAUUGGACUGUAACAAGGAAUGUUCUUGUUAUAGAUACAAAUGAAGAUGAAAAAUUAAAUGAUAAUAAUUAUAUUUUUAAUAAUAUAAAUUCAAAAUAUUUACCACCACCUAAUCCUGUUAAAGAUGAUUUUUUUAUUGGUAAUAGUGUUUUUAAACCUAUACCUGAUAUGGAAAAUUAUAAAGAACAAUUUAAUUGUCAAAAAAUUGAUAAAUUUUAUGAAAAUUCAUUAUCACCAUCAUCUGUCCCAAAUAUUACUAGAAAUAUUAGAGAAGGAACAACAUUUGAUAUUAAUAUACAUGGUGAUGAAUUAAAAAAUAAAAAUUAUUAUAUAACAUCACCAGAGGAAAGAGAUACUUCAACUUAUAAUUCUAAUAAUACUUAUUCAAAUUAUAAAAAUACUUAUAAAUCUACAGAUUCACCAAAAAAUUAUCAUAAUACAAUGAGUCAAGUACAUUACAAUAUUGGAGAUAUAAAUAAUAAUCCAACAUUAUUAUCAUGUAAAAGAACAUUCGAGCGAAGAAUUAUAUCACGUAGUUAUAAUCAUGAUAGUCAAGGACAUAUAAAAAAAGAUUGGCAAGUUGAAUCUUACCAAGCAAUUAGAAAUGAAAUGCCAGUAUCUUAUAAUUUUUAUACACGGUCUGCUUAUAAAUAG